AUGGUUAACAAGCUUGAUCCCACAUUUAGACCUCCAUAUUUUGGUUGCGGUUAUCAAGUCGUGGGUAUAUCAUCAAUCAAACCUUAUAACUACAGUACUUCUCAUGCAAAAUCCGGAUAUAUUGGAAUCACAUGUCAUUGGCUUACAAAAAAAAUGGAAUUAUUUGAUAUUUUGGUUUACGCCGAACAAAUUAUUUAUCAGAUGAUAAUGUUACGUCAGAAUAUUAGAGCCAAACCUAAAUUACUUGGAUUGGAAAGUAAAGUAAAAUCGGCAAUUACUGAUAAUAGUAAUACGGUAAAAGCCAUCAAGGAAUUGUAG